CCCCGCCGCUGGGCUGGGUCUGCAGCGGGGCCGCUGAGCACAACCCGCUGUGGUUAAUGAUUAAUCACUGACCAACCCGCCUCCCGCAGCUCGGGUGGACCGGGUCGCUCCUGUGCCGACAGCUGGAAAGGAAGGGGAGGGCUGCCAGGCAGAGCGCGCCCUAGGCGAAGAGGGGCUGAGGCUAGCGCCAGGGGCUGCUGGUUUCACUUCCAGCAAGCCAGUUUAGAACGUUCUUCCUCCGCCCUCUCCCCACCUCGCCCCCGCCACAUACACCCAAACCCCAACACCCAGGCGCCUCCUGGGCCUCUCCCAGGUUGGGCUGCUCCAGGAAGUUUUCAUGAAAGCACCUGCAGGAGAACUCGAGUGAGAUAAAGUCGUGCGCCCACGCAGGUGAGUUUGCAGCCAAGAACUCUGGGCUCUGCUGGGAGGAGAAAGGGAAGUUGAGGAAGUCUGUGGACCUGGUAGCCUGGUGCUCUUUCUCAUGGCUUCACCCAGCAGCCCCGGCAGUGACUGCUCCCAUGUCAUUGAUCACAGUCAUGUCCCCGAGUUCGAGGUGGCCACCUGGAUCAAAGUCACCCUUAUCCUGGUGUACCUGGUCAUCUUCGUGAUGGGCCUUCUGGGGAACAGCGUCACCAUUCGGGUCACCCAGGUGCUACAGAAGAAAGGAUACUUGCAGAAGGAGGUGACGGACCACAUGGUGAGUUUGGCUUGCUCGGACAUCUUAGUGUUCCUCAUCGGCAUGCCCAUGGAGUUCUACAGCAUCAUCUGGAACCCCCUGACCACGCCCAGCUACACCCUGUCCUGCAAGCUGCACACUUUCCUCUUCGAGGCCUGCAGCUACGCCACGCUGCUGCACGUGCUGACGCUCAGCUUUGAGCGCUACAUCGCCAUCUGUCACCCCUUCAGGUACAAGGCUGUGUCGGGACCUUGCCAGGUGAAGCUGCUGAUUGGCUUCGUCUGGGUCACCUCCGCCCUGGUGGCAUUGCCCUUGCUGUUUGCCAUGGGUACUGAGUACCCCCUGGUGAAAGUGCCCAACCACUGGGGUCUCACUUGCAACCGCUCCCGCACCCGCCACCAUGAGCAGCCCGAGACCUCCAACAUGUCUAUCUGUACCAACCUCUCCAGCCGCUGGACCGUGUUCCAGUCCAGCAUCUUCGGCGCCUUCGUGGUCUACCUCGUGGUCCUGCUCUCCGUAGCCUUCAUGUGCUGGAACAUGAUGCAGGUGCUAAUGAAAAGCCAGAAGGGCACGCUGGCCGGGGGCGCGCAGCCGCCGCAGCUGAGGAAGUCCGAGAGCGAAGAGAGCAGGACCGCCAGGAGGCAGACCAUCAUCUUCCUGAGUGAGUCCCAGGCCGGGGGCAACGCGUGAGCAGCUUCCCAACCUUUCCCCCGACCCGUGCCGCUGUUUGUGGCUCUCUCCAGGGGAAGGCUUGCCCUAGAAUUGCACACUUCAGUUCACUGAAGUGGAAGGGUCUUGUAGCAGAAUGAGGGCAUUGCUCUGGGUCUCUGGGUGUUUCUUCUCUUUGUUUUGGGAAUUCAUGGUAGGUUAUGGUUAACAGGGCACUAGACCAGAAUUCAGAAGGUCUGGAUGUAUUCCAUAACAUCACUGCUGUGACCUUUGGGAAGUCACAAAAAAAUCUUUGGUAAAAUGGGAACAAUAAUACUAGAGAAUAUGAGGGACAAAUUAGGUAAUGCAGGAGAGGUGAAAGUCCUUUGCAAAAGACCAAGUUCUGCAGAGAUAAAGGGAACCGUCUUAUCUGGCUCUUUUAUCGGGGGAAGGCUUUCUUGUUCAAUUAACUUUUGUUGGCCGGGCGCGGUGGCUCAAGCCUGUAAUCCCAGCACUU